ACGUGCCGAGGCCCUCGCCCAAGGCCUGUACCGUCGCCGCAGACGCACCCCCUGCUGACACGACCCCCCACCCACGCCCUCCCCUGCUUUAAAGGCACUACAAAAAAAAAAGUGACUAUGGAAAUGCAGAAUCUAACGAAAGGCAGGACAGGAGGGAUAAACCUGACAUGCGGCAUGUCGGGGAGCCACGACUUCAUCUUCACCCUGGUGCCCAUCGUCUACGCCUUCAACUUCGUCAUCGGCAUCAUCGGGAACAGCAUGGUGGUGGCGGUCAUCUACCGCUACAUGAAGCUCAAAACGGUGGCCAACAUAUUCGUCCUGAACCUGGCCGUGUCCGACCUCACCUUCCUGGUCACGCUGCCCAUGUGGGCCACCUUCGCGGCCACGGGCUACCAGUGGCCGUUCGGCGGCUUCCUGUGCAAGACCGCCGCCGGCCUCGUCAUGUUCAACCUCUACACCAGCAUCUUUUUCCUCACGGCGCUCAGCAUCGACCGCUACCUGGCCAUCGUGCACCCGGUGCGCUCGCGGCGCUUCCGCACCGUGGCGUACGCGCGCAUCACCUGCGUGAUGAUCUGGCUGUUUGCCUCGUUGCUCAGCGUUCCCAUCGCCUUGACCCGGGACGUCCACUACAUCGAAAACCCUAAAACCGUCGUUUGCGGCGUUCUGCACCCGACAGACGACAACAUUAAACGUCUGGACAAUCUCCUCCUGGCCAUCAGCCUGAUGAAGAGCCUGCUGGGCUUCCUGAUACCCUUUGUCAUCAUCAUCACUUGCUACUGCCUGAUUGGGCGGGCCCUGCUGAAGGUGAAGCACAUCCAGAAAAGCUCCGGCUCCCGAGACGACGAGGUGCUGUACAUGCUGGCGGCGACCGUCCUGGCCUUCUUCCUGUGCUGGGCUCCCCACCAGGUGUUCCACUUCAUGCAGAUGCUGACUCAGUUCGUCCUGGUGGACAACUGCACCGUCCUGGAAAUCAUCGACACCGCCAUGCCGUUCACCAUUUGCAUCGCCUACUUCAACAGCUGCGUCAACCCUAUCGUGUACAGCUUCGUGGGGCGCAACUUUCGAAAGAACCUGCUGCGGCUGCUGCGCUGCUCCCCGCGCGGCAUCGCUCGGCCUCACCCGAGCAUCAGCUCCAAGAUGAGCGCGCUCUCUUUUCGCGCCUCUGAAGCACUGAGCCUUACGGUCAAAAACAAUGUUUCCUGCGACGCCAAAUGACA